AUUGCCCCCACAUUUCUCAGUUCCAUCAAAGUAGCAGCCUAACUUCCAAAACUGCGAGUGAUGCACGCUGCACACGGUGUGUGUGUGUAGUGUGAGCCAGAGCCAUCCGUGUGUGUGUGUGUGUGUGUGCUUGUGUGUGUGUGUCUGGAGAGAGAGAGACACAUAGACUGAGCCCCUAACACGGAGCAUGCCUCUGCGUCCGGCAGCCGGCAAACAUGAGCCACCCAGCCCUCCACGGCAGGACCAGCAGCAGCAGCACACACACACACACUCACCCACAUUCACACACCCUUACACACACACAGCAAACGGCAGCCAGGGGGCCAGCACUGACAGCGGCAGCUCCCGGGAAGAGGACAGCGGCGUUCCCAUUCCAGCUUUCUGUCCCGUUGCUGAGCGGAGCCACAGUGCCAGAGCACCCAUGGAGGAGCCGACAGGCAACACGGUGGUCAUCCGCAUUGGAAUCCCAGACCUGCAACAGACGAAAUGCAUGAAAUUCAAUGUGGAUGCUCCUAUCUGGCUGUCGAAGCAGCAGAUCCUGUGUACUCUCAACCAGAGCCUGAAGGAUGUACUCAACUAUGGCCUCUUCCAGCCGGCCUACAACAGCAAGGCUGGCAAGUUUCUGGAUGAAGAGAGACAGCUAAGGGAAUACCCCUUCCCCUCCAUCGCUCCUGUACCUUACCUGGAGUUCCGCUAUAAAAGACGUGUCUACACUCAGACUUACCUGGAUGAAAAGCAGCUGUCGAAGCUCCACACCAAGGCAAACCUGAAGAAGUUCAUGGAGUAUGUGCAGCUGAGGAACAUUGAAAAGGUCUCAAGGUUCCUGGAGAAAGGCCUGGACCCCAACUUCCAUGAUCCAGACACAGGAGAAUGUCCUCUAACGCUGGCAGCACAGCUGGAGGGAUGUGCAGAGCUCAUCAAGGUGCUGAAGAGUGGGGGGGUGCAUCUGGACUACAGAACAAAAGAUGGCAUUACUGCCCUACACAAGGCUGUGCGCAGCAAGAACCAUACAGCGCUUAUAACACUGCUAGACUUGGGUGCAUCGCCUGACUAUAAAGACAGUAGGGGGUUGACUCCGCUCUAUCACAGCUCCAUGGUGGGAGGAGACCCCUACUGCUGUGAGCUGCUGCUGCACGACCAUGCCCAGGUCGGCUGUGCGGACGAGAACGGCUGGCAGGAGAUACACCAGGCAUGCCGCUAUGGCCACGUUCAGCACUUGGAGCACCUGCUGUUCUACGGAGCUGACAUGAGCUCCCAGAAUGCAUCUGGAAACACCGCCCUCCAUGUGUGUGCUCUCUACAACCAGGACAGCUGUGCACGAGUUAUCCUGUUCCGGGGGGCCAAUAAAGAGAUAAAGAACUACAACAGCCAGAGCGCCUUUCAGGUGGCUAUUAUAGCAGGAAACUUUGAUCUGGCUGAAAUCAUAAAGGUCCACAAAGUAUCAGAUGUUGUGCCUUUCAGGGAGACCCCCUCUUACACCAGCCGUCGACGUAUGACAGCGGGACCCCUGCCCUCGCCACGAUCUCUGCUCCGCUCUGCGAGUGACAACAACCUGAACGGGGACCACGAUCACAUCCACGGUCAGGCCCCCAGAGAACCUCGCGGUCGGCAGGGUCACUCCCCCGUCCCCUCACUGCGCAGCCUGCCAGCUUUCGGUCAGCAGCACAGCAGCCUCGGAGAGAGCCGUCAUGGAGAGAUCCCUGACAGCAGUCUCCAGAGCACAGGUAGCUCCAGAUCCUCCCAUUCCCGCUCGCCUUCGCUACAUCACAUGCACGAGGAGGACAGGCCGGUCCCCAGGAGGUCCCACAGCCAUGGAUACCCUCAUGGACACAGCCAUCGUGGAAGACUCAGCCCUGGCUCAGUGCAGCGAGACCCAAGCCCCCCACAUCACACCCCCCCAGCGCUGACAGGCCCCCGCGGGCCCAAACGGAAACUCUACAGCGCUGUCCCGGGACGUACCUUCAUCGUGGUCAAGCCCUACACGCCACAGGGGGAGGGAGAGAUCCAACUCAACCGAGGAGAAAGAGUCAAAGUGCUGAGUAUAGGGGAAGGAGGAUUCUGGGAAGGCACUGUCAAAGGGAGGACAGGAUGGUUUCCAGCAGACUAUGUGGAAGAAGUUCAGAUGAGGCAGUUUGACCCGCGGCUAGAGACUCGGGAGGACCGCACUAAGAGACUGUUCAGACACUACACUGUGGGAUCCUACGACAACUUCACCUCAUACAGUGACUAUAUCAUAGAAGAGAAAAAUGCUGUUUUGCAGAAGAAAGAAAACGAGGGGUUUGGCUUCGUCCUGCGGGGAGCCAAAGCUGAGACGCCCAUCGAGGAGUUCACCCCCACCCCAGCGUUCCCCGCCCUUCAGUACCUGGAGUCUGUGGAUGUGGAGGGAGUGGCCUGGAGGGCUGGUCUGAGGACAGGAGACUUCCUCAUCGAGGUGAACGGGGUGAAUGUAGUGAAAGUGGGCCAUAAGCAGGUGGUGUCCCUGAUUCGGCAGGGGGGCAACCGGCUGCUGAUGAAGGUGGUGUCCGUCACACGCAAGCCUGAGUCUGAGGAGGUCGUCCGCAAGAAAGCUCCCCCGCCACCCAAGAGAGCCCCCAGCACCACCCUGACGCUGCGCUCUAAGUCCAUGACCGCUGAGCUGGAAGAACUGGCUUCUGCUCGGAGGAGAAGAGGAGAGAGACUAGAUGAGAUGUUGGCAUCACAGGAGUCUAUCUUGCGUUCUCAGCCCUCAGAGGCAGAUUACAGAGCAGCUACUGUCAAACAAAGGCCUACCAGCAGGAGAAUUACACCAGCAGAGAUCAGUUCACUGUUUGAGAGACAAGGGAUGACUCUACAUGGAGGUCUGCAACCCGGCAUUGAGAGAGGUCACAUACCGCUACCCAAGGGGAUGUCCAGGACCAAGUCUUUUGGUGCCACUGAGGAGGAUCGGCUGUCGGCCCUUGCAGCCGAACACAGGUUUCCCCGCAGUUCCUCUAUGACAGACAGCCUCCGAGAACACUCUCAGCCCCAUCCCAUCCCUCCACCUCCACAAACUGCACCUCCUCCUCCUCCCUAUUACCUGGACACUGGUCCUCCCCCAGCCUUUUGUCCCCCUCCUCCCCCGUCUAGGACCCACAGUCAGGGCCAUGAGCCUGGAGGACGCUCCAGCUUCAAGCCUUCAUCCUUGGAUCUGCCGUACGAGGCCGCUCAGCGACAGGCCACACACUUAGAGAGACAGAAGAAAGCGCGCUCCAUGAUCAUCCUUCAGGACUCUUCACAUCUACCUGUAGAACCGACAGAAAUCCCCCGUCCUUCUGCUGCUACUCCACCUGAGCGAAUCAAAAGGAAGGGUCGGGUUAUUGACAACCCUUAUGCCAAUGUGGGUCAAUUUAGUAUUGGACUGUUCACACCCACCAAGCCCCAGAGGAAGAAAAGUCCACUGGUGAAACAGCUACAGGUGGAAGAUGCACAAGAAAAAGCCAGUUUGGCCUUAGCUGCUGCCCACUCCCGAGAAAGCUCUCCCUCAGGACGACACUCACACACCCAUGGACACACACACACCAGCCGUGCAGACUACUACCAGCAGCAGCUGAUGGCUGAGCGAGAGCGUCUGCGUGCCCAGGGAGAGAUGAUGUUUCAGGGGAAGGGUCCCUUCGCCGCUGCUAUAGCUGGAGCAGUGAAAGAUCGUGAGCGUCGUCUAGAAGAACGGAGAAAAUCCACUGUCUUCCUUUCCGUUGGGACUAUGGAGGGGGCGUCCUUAGUCAGCUCUGACUCCCCCUCUCUGACUCAGUCUCACUCCAUCGAUGAACGGAUGCUCACCCGAGAGCUGGGACAGCUGCCUCCCCCUGCCUUGGCCCUGAGCCCCUCACCUAGUGGGACCACCUUUAUCCAUCCGCUCACAGGAAAACCCCUGGACCCUAACUCUCCACUGGCUCUUGCGCUGGCCGCAAGGGAGAGAGCACUGACCUCCCAGAGCCCGACGGGCAGCCCUGAGCCGAGGACUAAACAGGAUCGAGCAGGCCAUGGCGUGUUGUUCAUGGACCCUCAGACCAAAGAGUCUCCACAUGGGGAAGGGGCUACCACAACUCCCCCUUUUUCACCUAAAAGCGCCAAGGCAGGGGGGUAUGGAGUUGUUUCCUCCCCGACAUCUAUUUUAGUUCCCCAGCCCACCAAACCACAGUGGGUCACAUCACAGUCACCGGUAUCUUUCCGGCAGGAGAUGGAGGCCAGAGUAGAGGAGAGGAAGGAGGAGAAGAGACUUGAGGAUCAAAAGAGUAUGUUGAUCAGUAUUAUGGACACGUCACAGCAGAAAACAGCAGGGCUUAUUAUGGUCCAUGCUACCAGUAACGGCCAGUCAGUCGGGGUAGAUCCACACCUAGAACAGACACCUGCCCCCACGUCCACAGAGCCCAGCAAGUCUCUAAGUCCAAGGGCUAAAUCCCCCAGCCCCUCUACCUCGCAGCCCCAGGCCCAGCUCCAGGCCCAGCCUCACACUCAGCGUCCCGCCAGUCCAGCGCAGGACAAGAGUCUGGCUCAGGGAAGCUCCGAGGAGGACGUGGACCCCUACACCGUGACCCUGCCUCCUGCAAUGUUGUCCUCCAGCGAUGAGGAAACAAGAGAAGAGCUUCGUCACAUUGGAGUUCUUCCACCACCCGAUGAGUUCGCUAAUGGCAUGCAGGCACAGGGGACGCCAACUCUACCUGCCUCCUCUCCCACCACGCCUACAACACCAACACCCCAAACUCUGUCAUCCCCAAAAACUCCAACUGUGACGCCCACCCAGCCUCAGCCUCCCCAGCUGGCACCUCCACCCAGUGCAGCAGCUGUCUCAGGGAAGCCCUCUGACCCUCUGGAGCCCCCACCGGUGGGUCAGUCCGGCUCUGCGGCUGACUCAGGUGUGGAGGAGGCCGACACGCGCAGCUCCAGUGACAGAGAGCGAGACCUCCAUCUCGAGACCACCAGCACCGUCUCCACAGUUUCCAGCAUGUCCACCCUGUCCUCAGAGAGCGGCGAGCCUGCAGACACACACACCACGCACACCUCCUAUGCCGAAGGGCUGACUUUUGUGCUCGACAAGCCGCCAGUGCCUCCUAAGCCCCGACUCAAGUCCCAGAUAGGAGGCAGUAAAGGCCCCGUCACCUUCAGGGACCCUCUGCUGAAGCAGAGCUCCGACAGCGAGCUGCUCUCACAACAACAGGCUGCUGCCCUGGCUGCUGUUGCUGCAGGCGGAGCUGGGCUGCCCUUCGGCGGCUCGGCCUCAGUGACAGGACUCGGCCCCACCAAGCCGCGCUACCUCUUCCAGCGGAGGUCCAAGCUGUGGGGGGACCCAGUGGAGCCUCGUGGGCCAGGGGUGGGGCUAGGUAUUGGGAGUUUGGGAAAUCUAGGCGGGCUGGGAUUGGGACUUGGUGUAGAUGAUGGAGCAAAACCUUCUGUUAUGGGAGAGCUCAGUUCACGACUACAGCAGCUAAAUAAAGACACUAGGUCACUGGGAGAGGAGCCGCUGGGAGCAUCACUUGACCCGGGGAGAAAGUCACCUGUGACAGGUGCCAGACUUUUCAGCAGCCUAGGCGAGCUCCACACCAUUUCUCAGAGAAGUUAUGGCACCACCUUCACCAUCCGCCCUGGCAGCCGUUACCCUGUCACCCGACGCAGCCCCGGUUCAGGCUCCCCUGAUCGGGGUGACCCAUUCGGACGAUACUCAGGCUUCGGCCUACCGACCUCACCGACUACACCCCCACAAACCAUCCUCAAAUCCUCCAGCCUCAGCCUACCCCAGGAGCCUAAAGAGGUCCGCUUUGUGAUGAGGAGCUCCAGCGCCCAUUCCCAUUCCCGCUCUCGCUCCCCGUCCCCAUCCCCCUCCCAUUCUCCCGGGCUAGGGUCACCACUUUUAGCCCUCCGGCCCUUUCACCAGAAACCCCUCCACCUCUGGAAUAAGUAUGACGUUGGAGACUGGCUGGAGAGCAUCAAUCUGGGAGAGCACAGAGCAGGCUUUCAGGAACACGAGAUCGAAGGCUCUCACCUCCCAGCUCUGACCAAGGAUGACUUUGCAGAGCUGGGAGUGACGAGAGUGGGACACCGCAUGAACAUCGAACGGGCGCUAAAGAUGCUGCUGGAGAGCUGACCCCUGCCCUGAGACCCCGCAACAGAUGGAGAGAGAGAGAUAGAACGGAUAGAGUUGAUGAAAGAGAAAAGAUAGGGAUCACUCCUUUUAUUCUGGCUGCUUUUAUGUUCUGCAUCACAAAUGUUUACCUUAGCGACACCGUUAUGUUCCUGUCUGCAUUAACACCCUGCACUUGGCACUGCACUGAAGAGGAGGAGUCAUUCGUCACCCUCUACUUGCCAUAGUGUCUGCCCGCCUCUUUGCCUGCAGCCAAUUAGAUCAGACCUCAAAACAAACUCUGGACUUUCUUUGCCGAGGAGAAUCGCAUGAGCUCCAAUUAAAACAUUUGAUUUGUGAAAGCUUCAGUUGGUCCCUCAGUAACACCCACCCUUUCUCUCACUAUUCCCUUCUCGUCUCUACCUCUAUCCCCCCCAUCUAUUAGGCCUCUGACAGACUUCUGCAGUUUGAGUAAAAGAGGAAGAAGAAUUGUGUUCCCAACAGAAAGCUCAGUUGCCUUUCAAAAUAUUUAUACAGAGAUCAACAAUGAUGAACAGAGGACUAUGGACAUGAAACGGUGCGUCUUCUCUACACCUACUGUUGUUUUUAAACCGAAGACUUUGGAGCCCAGAGGUGGAGCUCCACCCAGUAAACCACGGGAGAACACCCCUCCGCCUUGGUACUGUGUUAUCUAUUAUAUUUGGAGAAUGUUUAACCAACACUCGUGGCUUUUUUCAUAAUCAAUUUUUUGGUUUUCCAAAGGGAAUAUUAUAUAAAUAUAUAUAUAGGUAUUAUAUAAUAUAUAUGUAUCUAAAUAUAGCUUUCAAAAGAAAAGACAAUGUUGCAAAGAGGUAAUGUAAUAAAUUAAUCUGCGCCUGUUUUUGGUUUUUAGUAUAGAAGGCAGAGAGAAACCUUAAAACGUAUUCCACCGGUAGCUUACUCAUUUCUACCAAUUAUAUACAUAUAUAUAAAUAUUAAAAUAUAUAUUUGAAAUUUUAAAAAAAAGUAUAUAGAUAUGGAAAUGAAUUUUUUGUCAUAGGUAUACAACUUUCUUUAUGGUCACCCUUUCUUGAACCGUAGCAUGACGAGUUGCAUCAUGUCUUGGACAGAGAGUUUGAUGUUUGUUUUUAUUUUCUUACGGUCUUCCUUCUUACUAAAGGGCAUCCCGUAAUGUGAGGCUGAGACCCCCAGGGGCCACCCAUCCCUACGGCUUCAGCUACAGACCCCACUGAGCUUAUUCAGAUCCUGCUUUGGACCAUCUUAUGAGACAGCUAACUGGUAAAAGGGGCUCUUCGUGUUUUGCCCGUUUAUCACUCAGGGAUGGAAGUUUGGGGCACUAGCAUGGAGAGAUUGUCAGCUGUUGUUUUAAUAAUACCCAUUUAAUUCUACCUGUGAGGACAAUUGAACACCACCACAGUCUGAAAAAUGUUAGACUGCGUUAAAAUUUCCAUCCCUGUGACCCCUGAUGUCUUCAGAGCAGGCUGCACAUGGUCUACUAUACAGUCGUGGAGGAAGGAAACUCUGGGAUGUUUCUCAUCACCAGAAGAGAGGAAAUCUCUUUCAGAUUUUAAGAAGGAAACUACUACCAGGAAACCAAGUGUGUGAACCUGGCCAAAUUAAGCUUAAAGUGUUAAAAUCAAGGUAAUCUCUUACUUAAAACCAACUGUUACCUGGAAUAUAACUAACAACGUGUGGCUUAAUGAGCUAGACAUAGUGUGUGACCUUCUGAAAUGCCAGCGCAGGAAUGUGUGUGUAGUUUAUCAGGCUGUGUGGAUGGGGAUGCCUCUGUAAGGUCUUAAAGAAAAUUCAGCAUUUUACAACCUGACAGUGUCUUGCAACAUUGCUGCUUUCCUCUAUCUCUGCAAGUGAGUAAAGUAUUAUCAUAAACCGUGGCAGCAACAACUCUACAAAUAAGACCCAGGUUGUAAAAAAGACCAAUGAAUUUUUCUUUAACAAUACAAAAUCUACAAUUGUACUCAUGAGUAGCUUCUGCUGGCAGUGAGAAACAGUGAGUUUUAUUCACGCAACAAAAAGCAUUUUAUCCAUAGCUUUAGGCGGCCAGGUGAGAGACCUCCGUGCAUCAGCAGCAUCCAGUCAGCGCGCCAAGGCACUUUCACUUGGCAAGAGGUCGUGUGCAUCUUUUUUCUUCUUUUGUCAUUUUCUGCUGUUUAUCAGUUUGUAAAACGGGUGGUGAAUAUAAUGUUGUACCUGGGUUGUAGGAAUAGCACUCACUGCCUCACUGUGACCUCACUGAUUAUUUUUACUCCGGUGUUACACUAUGUCCUCUGACUCAUUUGGACUUUUUGUGUUAAUUGUUCUUUUUCUAAUUUAUUUUUCUUUCUUUGAUGAUUUGUUACCCUCGGACACUGUGGGUAGAUUUUGUAGCGUGUGGAACAUGAUACUUUAAUCUUUCACUCAUUAGAAUUUUAGAGUGACAGAAAAAAGACAGAAAAAACGAAUAUCCUGUCCAUUCUAAGCAUACUUAUUACACUUGUAAAAAUGAACAAAAAAUGUCUUUUUUUUAAAUCACAAGCAAUGUAUAUAUGAUAGAUUUCAUAUAAAUUUUUGAAAAACAAAAGUA